AUGGCCUACUACAGCUCCAGCUACUAUGAUACUGGUCAUGGGUAUCAGGGUGAGUAUUACCUAACCUCUUAUGCUCAUAAUCCUGAUGAUUCUGCUUCAAUUUCUUAUUCUAGCUAUGAAGAUCCCAGCUUUCAGAACUUGCUUGAAUAUCAAUAUCCAAACCCAACUCCGUAUUAUCAUGCCAAUUACCACUCUGCCUCUGCAUACAGCAACCCCAUUUCGAUUCAAUAUGACCCCCCAAAACACUAUGAACAGAGUUAUGACACUGGUGUGACUCAGUUUCUAAUAUCUUACUCUGUUUCAUCCCCUGAGUUUAAUGACCCUGAAAUUGAUGAUUAUGACGAGUAUGAUCCCACACCUUAUGGCGGUGGAUACAGCAUUGAUGCACAGUAUGGCAAGCCCCUUCCACCUUCAAAUGAAACUUGUUAUCCUCGCGGCGGAUCGUCGUCUCCUCCUGAUCCAAAACCCUCUAAUCUCAGUGGCGCCAUUGUUCCUGUUAGUGUUGGUGGUAAUGGAGCAAUUGCUGACGAGCAAGCAGCAAAGCCCAUCACAGAAAUGAGCCUGCCAGUACAGUUGGGUAAGGAAGAUGAGCAGCAAGAGAAGAGUGAGGAGCAGGCAAAAGAAAAUGGUAGUCUGGUACUUGCAAUAGAAAAUGGGGAUGACACUGAAAGUCAAGGAAAGACUAAUCAAGGUGAGGUAUACGAUUCUAGGUUUGAAAGUGGGAGAGGGUUAUAUGAUCAAGUGCCUAGUGGGUAUGGAUUGGAAGCCAUGGACAUUUGUGAGAGUCUAUUUGGGUACUGGCCUUGCCUGGCUCGCGAUUUGAAGAGAUCAAACUGUGAGUCAAGCAAUGACCAGCGAUUUUCGUGUGAAGAUCCAUGGAAAGGAACUGCAGAUUAUCUAUUUGGGAGCUCCAAUCCUUAUAUGGGAGAAAGAACUACUUACUAUGAGUAUGAAGACUACCGAAGAUGA